UGACAACAACAAAGCAGAGGCAGACUUAAGACCAGCACACAUCACUCACCGCACUGCAGGCUGACUUUGCCGUUGUGUGAUCCCCGUCACUUCGAGACCUCAGAGACAUGCACUUUGAUAAAGCGCCAAAGGAGAAGCCUUGUUGCAGCCAGCCCACAGUGAAGGAACUGUUGGAGCAAAAAAGGAAGCGAGAAACAUCCUCCUUGUCGACUUCCUGCCCCCCAAACCCAACCAGCCCUGUUGGUUCAAACAUGCUUGCAAUAUGAGGGACACCUAUUUUCUGCCAUUCUUUUCCAGGUGCAUCAAGCAGCUACACGGACAUGGACUAUGAGCAAUGGGCACACGUGCAGGAGCCCACUGUGUCUUACGACCCCAACCAACUAGAACCAAGCGUUCCAGUGGGCUACAACCUCCCACAGAACUCAGGUUUCGGCUCCCAGCAGCAGCAACUUCAAGAGUUUGGAGGCGUUGCUUCGAAAACAUAUGAGGGCCUCAUGGCAGCUGCCGGACAGAGUGCAGUUUCCUCCUGGUCUCCUCUCGAGCCCGAUCCGGCCUCUUUAGGAGCAUGGUUAGAUGACAGCACACUGGAGAAGGCCAGGAGGCUGCUGAGAGACAUGCACUACAGCAGGGUCGCGGGCCAGGAUGAAGACGGAGACACCAUCUUGCACAUCUACACUGCCAAGGGACUCAGAGAGUGGGCCUUUGCUGCUGCUGAGAAGCUGAGGGAUUUGGGGAAGCUUGAUGCCAAAGAGCACAAAGGCAAAACUGCCUUACUGGUGGCGGUGACAGCCAACCAUCCUGACAUUGUGCAAGAUCUGCUGUCGUUUGGAGCAGACGUCAACGCUUGUGAUGUCAGAGGUCAAAGCGCUCUUCACCUGGCUGCCCACUAUGGGUACCCUGGGGUACUGCAGGUCAUACUUUCAUGCAGACCUGCAGUACACCUUGAGGCCAGAGAUUUUGAAGGGAUGACUCCUCUGCAUUGUGCAGCCAUCUCUCACUGCGUCACCAUGAAGGCUUUAUCUGCCAGUGGGAUGGCGGAUGGUCACCUGCAGAGCAAAGCUGCAGAGAGGCUCUCCUGUGUGCAAAUGCUUCUUGAUGCAGGCGCCUCUCUACUCAGUCAGGAAAUCAAAAGCAACAAGACGGUGUUGCACUUGGCCGUGAAGGAAGGUAACGUGGACCUGCUCCACUACCUGCUGAGCAUCCGUCUGCACAACGUCAAGGACUUUGUCAACAUGAAAGCACACGGCCACACGGCUUUACACAUGGCGGCCUGUCUCCAUGGCAACCCCCAGCAGGCGCAUAUCCUGCAACUGCUGCUGAGCCGAGGAGCCGAUCCCAGCAUCCGCAACCUGGAGAACGACCUGCCCGCUCGCUUACUGCCGGGCGGUCAGCAGGGGGAGCAGCUCAAAAUCUUGCUGAAGAAACGAAGCACGCCGACUCGCCGACGUUUGCCAACCUGGCAGGACCACCAGGAAUGACUUGUGGUCAUGUGACACGCAGUUAAUCUUCCAUGAAGAAGGCUAGUCACAUUCACGACACGCUAAUUCACAUUGGAUUCUAACUCAUGCGAUUUGUUUCACACAUUAUGAAGUCAACGUCAUUGGCCACAAUAUUAGGCACACCUGCACAAAAUCCCACAUUUUUUUUAACACAAAUUGGGAAAUCUCCAAUAGAAAAACCCUGUAAUGUUUUUGUAAAAAAAAGAAGUCCAUACUCUGCACUAUUUAGCUCAGUGGCCACCCUGACUGGAAGGUCGUGAGUUCAAACCCCAGCCGAGUCAUACCAAAAACUAUAAAAAUGGGACCCAUUAACUCCCUGCUUGGCACUCAGCAUCAAGGGUUAGAAUUGGGGGUUGAAUCACCAAAAUGAUUCCUGAGCGUGGCCACCGCUGCUGCUCUCUGCUCCCCUCACCUCCUAGGGGGUGAAAUGGGGAUGGGUCAAAUGCAAAGGACACAUUUCACCACACCUAGUGUGUGUGAUGAUUGUUGGGACUUUAACUUUAACCAGAUCCUCUCCGCACCAAAUAACAUUCUGGGUUGUUCUUUGGCUCGUGCUCCAGUCGCCCACAAUCAUGGGAAGUUAGGAAUAAAAAAAAAAUGGGGUAAUUACAAAACUACAGUAUUACUUGGAAAAAACAAAACUAAGAAUAUCAGAAAGCCCAAAGUGCAAAAUCCAUGUUGUGAUUAGUUCAUUCAUGCUAAAGAUGAAUGCUUGCAGGACUGACUGCACUGCCAGACUCGUCCUCGGGACCAUAUUGGGGCUCUGAGCAGAGUUUUAUUUGACAAAUUGAUGUAAUUUGUCUUCACAUAUUACCGUAUUUUUCGGAGCAUAAGUCGCACCUCCCGAAAAUGCAUAAUAAAGAAGGGAAAAAACAUAUAUAAGUCGCAUAAGUCGCAUUUUUGGGGAAAUUUAUUUGAUAAAACUCAACACCAAGAAUAGACAUUUGAAAGGCAGUUCAAAAUAAAUAAAGAAUAGUGAACAACAGGCUGAAUAAGUGUACGUUAUAUGACGCAUAAAUAACCAACUGAGAAGGUGCCUGGUAUGUUAACGUAACAUAUUAUGGUAAGAGUCAUUCAAAUAACUAUAACAUAUAGAACAUGCUAUACGUUUACCAAACAAUCCGUCACUCCUAAUCGCUAAAUCCCAUGAAAUCUUAUACGUCUAGUCUUUUACAUGAAUGAGCUAAAUAAUAUUUGAUAUUUUACGGUAAUGUGUUAAUAAUUUCACACAUAAGUGGCUCCUGAGUAUAAGUCGCACCCCCGGCCAAACUAUUAAAAAAACUGCGACUUAUAGUCCGAAAAAUACGGUAAGUAUUUUUAUUUUAAUAUGAUAAUUAUUAUUUUAAGUAUGCAAGUAUGCCCUCCCUUGUUGAAAACGAGGCCCCCCAUCGGUCAUAUGGCCCUAAGAUGGCCCCAGCACUUCCCUAUUCUCCUAUGUUCUGCUGCUGACUGUUUUUCCUCCUAUUUGACAUCACUGCUCCUCAUCUGGCAUGGUGGCAUCACUAAAAAUUAGACAAAGCCUAAGAAAAAGCUUUGUUGAAUGAAUCCUUAAAAAGCGCACUGAAGUCUCCCAGUUGUUAGUGUGUGUAUAAUAAUGUCAUGACAUCAUUUGGGAUGUACCCAUCAACCGGCCAAUGAUUUUUGUCAAAAUGCAAGCAAUCAGCCGCUGUCAGUUAAUUAGUUUCGUUCAAGGCUGGUGACUAUUGGGCGAUAUUUAAUUUUUGGUCUCAUCCGACAAACACGGCUGUCAACUGUAUUAGUGUGGAGAUGCUUCCCUAAAUUAAUCUAAUCACCUAUUUUGUCAAAUAACUGCAUUUCUUAAGUAUGGUUAUCAUAUAUUUAAAACAUUUACAGUUAAGCCAUGUGACUGGUAUCAGCUGAUCUCACUUGUGGUAUCGGUGUCUGAAUCGGCAGCAUAAAAUCCUCACCGAAACUUCCCUAAUUUCCAUGUAUAUUUGGAAGUUACCAUUUUUGGAUAGAUUUCUUGCUUUGAAGGCCACCCAGUUGUGCAAGUGUACCUAAAGUUGUGCCCAGUGAGUAUACAUUUAAGUCAAAGAACUUCUCUCGCCCAUAGUUCUCGUUUUCCCCAACACUUUGAUUUCUGUGAAAUCAUCAGUACGACCUUGAGGGAGUCCCUGCAAGAGCCAAACGAUCACAUUGAUGAGAAAUCAGAAAGCUGUCUUCAAUUAGCACUUUCUCUUCUUGACUUGUUGAGAACAUACGACUUGUUUGCGUCAUCCUUAAGGAUGGAACAAUCAUAACUUUUACUGUGUAAAAACUAGUGGGACUGUUCUGAAUGUUCGAUGACAAAUGCAUAACACACACACACACACAGCGGGCGGUGAUGAGUCACGAUUAAAAAGUACAGGGUGUUGUGUUUGGGGCUCAGGUGUACACGCGGUGACACAAAUGAGCAGCGUUGUUAGAGGCUACGCUUGACUUCACAUUCACUCUUUAGGAAUAUUUCGUUUUCAAGAAAACACAUCAUUUACUUUAAACUUCGACUGGAAUUGAACUGACCAAUAAAGUGUUUUCUCAUACUA